UUAAAGCAAAAAUGGGUUCUGAAAAUAUGAAGCUUCCAAUUAUAGACUUUUCUCAUGAGGACCUAAAGUCAGGAACACUUGUAUGGAACCAAGUGAAAAGCCAAGUUCACAAAGCACUAGUAGAAUAUGGCUGCUUUGGAGCAACCUUUGAUAAAAUUCCUACACACCUUCGAAAUUCCAUUUUUGAAUUCUCACAAGAGGUUUUUAAUCUCCCUUUAAAAACCAAAGUUAGAAAUGUUUCAACCAAACCUUUCCAUGGCUAUGUUGGACAGUAUCCUGCAGUUCCGCUUUACGAAAGCAUGGGCAUUGAUGAUGAUAACAUCCCUCAUGAAGUUGAGAAAUUCACUCAAAUUCUUUGGCCUGAAGGAAACCCUACUUUUUGUAAAACUAUUCAGUCAUACUCGGAGCAACUAUCAGAGUUAGACCAGAUAGUAAGGAGGAGGAUUCUGGAGAGCUUAGGCCUCGAAAAGUACACGGAUGAGCAUAUGAAUUCGACCAACUAUAUUCUUCGACUGAUGAACUAUAAAGCACCUCAAAGCAGUGAAACUAAACUAGGACUGAGUGCUCACACAGACAAGAACAUUGUUACCAUACUGUGCCAAAAUCAGGUGAAGGGUCUUCAAGUUUUGACCAAAGAUGGGCAGUGGAUCAAUGUCGAUCCUACGCCAAACACUUUCACUGUCAUGAUUGGAGACUGUCUGCACGCAUGGACAAAUGGUCGGAUGCAUUCGCCAUAUCAUAGAGUGAUGAUGACAGGAAACGAAGAAAGGUACUCAGUUGGUUUGUUUUCAAUACCUAAUAAAGUCGGAUACAUGAUCCAGGCACCACAAGACCUGGUAGAUGAAGAGCAUCCUUUACUCUAUAAGCCCUUUGAUCAUCUUGAAUUCCUAGCUUUUUGCUACUCCGAAGAAGGCAUAAGAUUUGAAUCUCCUCUGAAGACCUAUUGUGGUGUUUGAUUUUAAUUUAUGUACUUUAAUUAUGUUACUUGGAGAAUAAAUAUGUAUGCUCCAGAAGUAUAUAUAUGCUUGCGUUUUAUGCACUAGUCUGAGUAAUAAUAUUGUUAGGCCAACUCAGAAAAUCAGAAUAAUGAAUGUAUGGCUGCUUUUAUAACUCUCUGGAUUAUCUAUAAUUGAAGAGGCAUGUGAAAAUGCAAAGGAAAAGCAUAAGAGAAGCUAAAAGUAUUACCUUCGUCAUUGCUAGGGAUCAAAGUCGAGUCAUGACAAUGUAAGACGAAAAUUUUUCUUUUUUUUCUCAAACUCUGCCUGUAAUAGGACUAUAUAAAUGAAA